UGCUAUCCGUCUAAAAGGACGUUGCAUGAAAGCGGUGCAUUCAGGCCCCCAUGCUCGCGACAGAUCCGCUGGUCAACGAGUAUUUUCCGCACUACUUACCCUCUGAGGAGGAGCUGUCAGUUACAGAGAAGUUGGUUGCUGGAAAACCUCAGCUUCAGGAGCAAUUGCAGGAGUUCGUUGCAAUAAAUGCAGAUGUCAAAGCAACUCUGCGGCGCUUCUGUUGGCAAGCAAAGCAAGAUGGUCUCCAAGGGGCUGCCUGUGCAGAGGAGGCUGUGAAACUUUUGGAAAUGUGCUGGGAAAAGCGCGUGAUGUUGGGGCUUAAUUCCAUAUUGGAGUCUCCAAGCUUUUCGGAGGAGUACUGGGCAUCCUUCAUGGACAUUGUCCCUCAGACGUACCAUGGCUUGGGUCGGAGAGGACAGCCCAUCAUGCUGAUCCGAAGUGGUGUUGAUGCUGCUUCCUUCAACAAACUCUUGUCAACCGGGUGGGAACAUGCAGUUGAAGGAGUCAAUGCUGCUGUGUUGUGUUUCCUCCGGUGCGAGGAGUGCCUUUUUCGGAGAACAGUUCCACGCGAGAGCAAGCAAAUUGGCCAUUUAACGGAUCGAGUUACUUUGAUCAUCGAUCUAUGGGGCGUGGGCUUGGGACACAUUGGUUUUGCUAAAGAUUUCUUGGCAGUGGCGGUGAAGCAGACUGUGGUGCUUUACCCGGAGACGCUUGACAGAGUGCUUGUGGUGAAUGCAGCUUGGGCCUUUGCGAGGCUGUUGUGGCCAAUCUUGAAGCAGCUGCUGCACCUGGUGACUCAGCGCAAGGUGGAAAUCGUAGACGCCAGCGAGACCGGUGCUCCGGCUGCAAAUCAAGGGCCAGAGUUGGCCAGAGACUUCGUCCAGCUUUUUCUAGGGCAGGGGCAAGCGACGACAUGAAAUGGUUUGCAAGUUUCGCAAGCACGACAGCAAGGCAUACUAUUUGGAUCUAUUUGGUUCUUUCGAACACCAUGAAUGGGAUGGCAUUUUUCUCCAGAAGAUAAGAAGUUAGCGCCUGGCUUGGCGCACAAGGAUUUUCCAGGGCUGAUGCCUUUGCUGUUUGGGGCUUACUCUGGCGUGCUGGGCCAUGUUUGAACAUCUGUCGUAUUCUCUGUUCAUUCACUGACGCAAAUCUGUCGCUCCAAUUCCAC